CAAUGGAACGGCUCGAACCAGAAAACGAGCGUCCCUCGCUGCUCAUGCGUAGGGAACUUAAUAACCUAUUAUCGGUACUACUAUCGAUAUUGGGGUCCGGGGCGCGGAAGACCAAAAGAAGAAAACUAGAAGGACGAGCGCACAGUAGGAGUGCGCGUCAGCACGGCGCAGCCCCAGAUCCUUCUACUUACAAGAGUUGGUCGUUCCCCCGGAGCUGAAGCGAAGCUGGGUCGACGUCUUAGAGUCCGCCGAACCCGGCGCGAGCUUCCAACUAAGACAACUCCCGCACCACGUGGUUGCGAUGGUGAGAGAGCACCAAGGUUAGGAUCAGGAUAGUUGGUUUGGGAUACGGAAAAACUAAAAGAAAGAGAGGAAGACAACGACGAAAAGAGAUUAAUAAGGGGAGGACAGGAAGAAGAACUAUUCGUCGACCCGGAGUCCACGAUAGGGACAUUCCUCAUCGACGGCUCAAAUCAUCAUGUCGUCGACCGACAUGGCGGAACUCAUCCGUCAGAUGACGGCAUACGAUAAUUCCCAAGAACCUCGACCAGCUUUUAAUUAUCCAGCCACCGUAUACGGCUUGGUUAUUCCCUUCAUGGUUGUCUCAUCCAUAUGUGUAGCCCUAAGAAUAUACUCUCGAAUAAAGCUACACUGCCUAGGCUGGGAUGAUCUUUUAAUAGUCCUUUUCAGAAUAUCAGCAACAAUCGGCUCUAUCUUCCUAUGUCUCGCACUGCAAGACGGCUUCGGAGACCACAUCCUGCAAAUCGGGCUCAAAUUCUACAUCUGCCUCGCGACCUACACCAUCUCCACAACCCUCAUGAAACUCUGUCUCCUAUCCCAAUACCUGCGGAUCUUCCAACGCGGCACCCGCGCCCGUCUAGCCUGCUGGGUCGGGCUCGCCAUCAGCGCUCUCUGGGGCACCAGUUUCGCCUUCUGCGCGCUGUUCCCAUGUUUCCCCGUCCGCGGGUUCUGGGAAUGGCAGACGCAGGCGCGGUGUUACGGGUUCGGGUCGAAGGUGUCGGCGGAGGUCGCGGGCACGUUUGCCGCGCACGGGGGGUCGAAUGUUGUGUUAGAUGCGAUGGUUUUGGCCGUCGUGGUCCCGCUGUAUUUUAGGAGGGAUACGGCGUGGAAGCAGAGGUUGGGGAUUGGGCUGCUUUUGCUGUUGGGUGUUAUCGUCCUCCUCCUAAGCAUCUGGUGCUUACAAACCAUCAUCGACCACAAAGCCGGAACCUUCCCCGUGCUGGACCCAACAUGGUACGGUCCGAAAUCCAUAAUCCUCGCAGCCCUCGAAGUCGAUCUCGCGAGCAUCUGCGCCUCGAUCCCGACCUUCUUUCCACACCUCUCGCAGUCCCUGCUCGGCAGCAUAUUCGUCACGCAGGAAGUGCAUAUCACGCACCAGCACCGCCGGCUCUCAGGCGAUUCCUCGUACGACACCGCGAACUCGUCUUCUUCGGGGGGUGUUGCUUCGGGACAUUAUGAGCUGCAGUCGGCGGCGCGGGAUAAGCAGGAGGAGAGCGGAGGGGCGAUUGUGGUUCGGGUGACGGCGAAGCCCUCGCUAUCGAAUAUGGGGAAGGAGGGACAUUACCGCGACGACUUCGUGCGGAACGGGGUGGUGCCGCCGAAUAUGAUGAUGAGUGCGGGGGCCUAUGAUAAGGAGACGGGGGCUGGGUCGUCGCGGGUUUCGUCGGAGGGGCAGAGGGGGUUCGAGCGUGAGCAGGAGAGGUUGAGGAUGGCGAGGGUGGAGAGUAAUACGAGUAUUUUACAUGGUGGUGGUGGUGGUGGCAAUGGGGGCGGGAAUGGGAAUGGGAAGGGGGAGAAGACGAGACCGUUGAGGAUGGGGUUGACGGGGUCGUGA